AUGCCUUUCGAAUCUCAACAACCUCAAGCUCAACAAAUGGAGAUGUCUUCAAAUGGUCCUAUUACUGAACAACCUCGUCAAAAUGAGGGAAUGAGCGCUGAUGUCUCUAUGCGCGGUGGUGGUGGAUGCUGCGAAGCCUGUCUCGCCUGCUGUCUCCUCGACGAACUCUGCGCCUGUCUCAUCUGCGAAGAAUGUUGUUGUUAA